AUGGUUCAGUUAGAAACUAUCAUUCAAAACAAUUUUGCAAAGAGAAACCAUACAGUAGCGGUAUUUUUCGACAUAGUAAAAGCAUAUGACAUGGUUUGGAAAUUUAAUAUUUUGAGAUCAAUUCACAAUUGGGACAUUCGAGGCAAUCUAGCAUAUUUCAUUAAAAGUUUUCUAGAAAACAGAUCCUUAAGAGUUCGGUUAGGAGUUUCAGUUUCUGAAUUGAGACAUGUGGAGAAUGGAAUUCCUCAAGGAUCCACCCUAAGUGUAGUUCUGUUCGCUAUAGCCAUUAACAAUCUAGUUAGUACUCUGAAUCCAGAAAUUGGCAGAAUGUUAUAUGUUGAUGAUUUAGUGUUAUUUUAUUCGGCAAAGCACAUGCAAGACAUAGAACGAACUCUUCAGAAAGCAAUAAACGAUAUCCUUGAUAUUUCAGACAAAAAUGGCUUUCGUUUUUCCAAUUCCAAAACUCAUUGUGUCCAUUUUUGUCGACUAAGAUCGGAACAUGGCAACCCUCAAUUAUCUCUCGGUAAUCAGAUGCUGGAAUUUAAAAAUGAAUCAAAAUUUUUGGGGAUUAUCUUUGAUUCAAAACUAAAUUGGAGGUCGCAAAUUCAAAACAUAGCCACAAGGUGUAAAAAAGAUUUGAAUAUAUUAAGAUGUUUAUCUGGAAUUAAAUGGGGAUCCGAUAAGGAGGUGUUACUGAGAAUUUAUAAAUCAUUGAUAUUAACAAAGAUGGAUUAUGGGUGUGUGGUUUAUGCAUCUGCCCGAAAAUCUCAGUUAAAAAUUUUGGAUUCCGUUCACCAUACAGGAUUAAGGCUAGCCUUAGGUGCUUACCGUACUAGUCCAGGAGUAUCGUUAUGUUGCGAGGCGGAUAUUCCUCCUUUAAUCUUCAGGCGUAAUCAGUUAUUAUUAACCUACGGAAUUACGAUUUGGGCUCAACCAAAUCAUCCCAAUCAUCAAUUUCUUUUCAACUGCCACUUUCGUGCACCAUAUGAGCAAAGGCUCACAAUCACAAGACCAACAGGUGUAAGAUUAUACGAACUGUUGAAUGCUAUGGAUGAAAUUUUCCCUACAGUUUAUUCUUACGGUGUAUGUCAAAUUCCUCCAUGGAUAUUAAUAAAACCCAAAUUUCACCUUGAAUGUUCACUAUACAAAAAAGGAGAAAGUAAUAAGAAACUUCUCACGAAUACCUUUUAUUCCAUCAUUAAUACUUACCAAGAUAGCAUCAAGUUAUACACAGAUGGAUCAAAAUUUGACAAUGGUGUAGGAAGUGCGUUCUUCAAUGGCAUUGACUCAUACAGUUGGACUCUUCCAAAAAUGGCCAGUAUUUAUACGGCAGAACUCUAUGCAAUAUGGCAAGCGUUAAGAUAUGCGGAAAUGGAUAAAAAUAACACAGUAUUAAUAUGCUGCGAUUCUCUUAGUGCCAUCGAAGCUUUGUCUAACAGCUUCACCACAGAUCCACUUGUGCAAAUUAUUUUGGAACUGGUACACUGGCUUUGUACCAUAGGGAAAAAAGUGUGUUUCAUUUGGACACCUAGUCAUAUUGGCAUACAAGGCAAUGAAAUUGCCGAUUGCUCAGCCAAAGAAGCAGCAAAAAAUCAGUUACUUGAUGAUGUGUUAAUUAGAAGCGAAGAUAUUAAAGCAUACUUGAAAAACAGUAAUCUUGAAAAUUGGCAAGAAUAUUGGAAUAGUUUAAAUACAAAAUUAAAAGAGGUUAGACCCAAUGUGACCAAGGGUAUUGUGACAACAUCAUUAACGAGGAGGGAACAAACAGCCAUCAUAAGACUAAGAAUAGGUCACACAAAUUUAACUCACAACCAUUUAUUAAGAGGUCUGCCUCCACCAUUAUGUGAGAAUUGUAAUGUUCCUUUGUCGGCGAAACAUUUACUGUUAGAUUGUCCCAGAUUUCAAAACCAUCGCAAAGAAUGUCUACUAGUCGAUAAGCUAAAUAUUUGUUUGGGUUUUCCAUUAUCAAAUCUAAAAAAGACCAUAGAGUUUUUAAAAGCAAUCAACAUCCUCCAUAAAAUAUGA